UUACUCUUUCCAAGAGAUUACCCAUUUGAUUACUGAAUCAUUUGGGAAUGGAUAAUUGGAGGAGACUGGCGUCUUGCAUUUACUUAUGGCCAUAUGUUUAACUACUCUGCCCACCGUCUCAAAGACCAAAUCAAAAGUUCAUAAUGUUCCAGAAGUCAAUUUGCAACUACUACCAAAAUUGCCAGGAUCCCGUCUUCUUGUCUUUCGAUCAGACUUAAGGCUCAACUGAUCACGGCUUUAAUGUCGGGAGUUGAUUUUAUCCUUGGGCUACACUGCAGAAGAAGUGUAUAAAGAAGAGCUUCCACCAAAUUGAGGAAUCCCAACAGAGUCUGUCAAAGAUAACAAGAGUCUUUCUGUGUUUUAACUUUUAUCUAUCAAAGAAAAAAAAGAUAACAAGAGUCUUGAAUUCAGAGGGCUUAUGGUUUCCAGGAUGACUUCUUCAACCUCACCCUCGUCUCUAAUAUUCAGCUUACUGGUUUAUGUGGUUCUCCCCUUGGUUUGCAGGUCUGCAGACUCUGAUCCACUGCAGGACUUUUGUAUUGCAGAUUUGAAUGCCACAGUAAUUGUUAAUGGCUUUCCAUGCAAACCUGCAUCUGCAGUGACUUCAGAUGAUUUCUUCUUUGAUGGGCUAAGCAAAGAGGGGAGCACGACCAAUAUCUUUGGAUCUAGUGUGACUACAGGGAAUGUUCUCUCGUUUCCAGGGGUCAACACUCUCGGGAUCUCAAUGAACCGGGUGGACAUUGCUCCAGGUGGAAUGAACGCACCCCACUCGCAUCCUCGCUCAAGCGAGUCUGGGGUGGUCAUUCACGGGAGAGUCCUGGUAGGAUUUGUGACAACUGGGAAUGUGUUUUACUCGAAAAAUUUGACUGUUGGGCAGAUGUUUGUGAUUCCAAGAGGGCUUGUGCACUUUCAGCAGAACAUUGGAGAGGAGAAAGCCCUUCUUUUUACAGCUUUCAACAGUCAAAAUCCUGGAUCUGUGGUUGCCUCUGUGAAUCUAUUCGGAUCAACACCUUCCAUUCCUAAUGAUGUGUUGACCAAGGCCUUCCAGGUAGAUGCUAAUGUUGUCAAUGGCAUUAAAUCCAAGUUUGGUUCUUAAGCAGUCUCUCCCUCUCUCCCUCUCUCUAUCCCCUCUUCUCCUACACACACAGCUCCAUCUUUUUUUUUUUUUUUGAUAGGUUACAGACACAGCUCCAUGUAUUGUAAUCAUUUUUAUGUUGGCUUCCGUUGGCUCUUCUCCUACACACAGCUCCAUGUAUUGUAAUCAUUUUUAUGUUGGCCUCCAUUGGCUAUCAAUAAUAAUCACUAGAGGGAUUGUCUUUUUUUUUUU